UAGUCAUUUGAAAAAUUAUUUGCAUAGUAUUUGUGAAACUGUCAAUCAAUAUCAUCAGUCGUCGCGAAAAAUUAAAGUCAUUAAAGCACUUGAUCAAACUCAUCGCCACACCAAAGAUGUUACACGGUCAUCGAAUAAGAGAUACUCACAUUAGAAAGAUAAAUGUACAUUUAUAUCGUGUUUACGUAAGUGUGACACACGCAACAGCAAACACAAAGACAUCUGAUAGCCGUUCACAUUCACAGUCGAUCUUUCAGUCGUGUGCAGCACGCAUGCUGCGAAGAGGAACGCAGUUCUUAUCCGCUCGAGGUUUUUUGAUCAAAUCGUGAUUAUAAAAUAUAAUAUUAGAAACUCGAUCUUGACCGACUGCCAUACAUUUUGGAUUGCGAAUCACGAAGCGUGCCGCGGAUCCAUGCGAUUCUGCAUGACGUGUACAUACACACAUCACGCAUCUCGCAUCUCUUUCUAUUCUAUACUUUUCAUGCGACGCGAUACCGCUCGAAGCGACGUACUCCAAACAGUCACAGUGCCGUAUCAUACAUGGUGGAUUUAGUAAAUGCAGUCGAAGGUUCUACAUCGUAAGUGAACAAAGUUUUCUGAUCGAAGAAGUUACAGGAUAGUCACGGGAAAACGUGUAAUUGGUUCAAAUGGAUCGGGUAAAAGGACGAACCUCGAGUAAUUGUCACUCCAGAAAGCUUGGCAUUUGCGUGACCGUGGUUGUACUUGGGACCUUUAUUGGUUGGAUGCUAUUAGCGUACACGGCGGUUGCCUCUCCGACUACUAAACAUGACACGUUACAGCAAGUGGUGUUUUUGUUUCGCCACGGCGACAGAACUCCUACAGAGACCUACCCUAAGGAUCCUUAUAUAAAUUACUCUUGGCCUAAUGGCUGGGGCGCCCUGACCAAGAGAGGAAUGCUUCAACUGUAUGACGUAGGUCAAUGGAUCCGCGAAGAAUACGGCGCUAUAAUCGGUAAUAAAUUCGAAAGCGCAACCACGCUGGUGCGUAGCAGCUAUGCGGAUCGAUGCAUUAUGUCAGCACAGGCAUUACUCGCCAGUUUGUUCGCACCAAGUCCCGAAGAUAUGUUUUUGCCCGGAUUGGCUUGGACUCCUGUACCUGUACACUCGAUACCACGAAAUCUAGACAAACUAAUAACGGUGAAAGCACCAUGUCCCAGACUAGACGAAGCUUUAAAACAGGCUUAUUUAGAUGAGGCAAGAAGAUCAGGCGCGAAAAUGGCCGAAUAUUACAAAGAACUGACAGAGCAUACUGGUCAGAAUAUGAGCACCAUCACCGAUGUCGAGUUUCUUUAUAAUACUCUCGAGAUUGAGAAGCAACAUGGUUUGCAACUGCCAAAAUGGACGCGAAAGUUUUACAAUAACGAGAUGCGCGAAAUAGCCGCUCGUAGUUUGGCAAUCUUUACCGACAGCACUAUUCAAAAACGACUUCUGGGAGGUCCGCUGCUAAAGGAGAUUUUAUUGCAUAUGGAAGAAAUCAAGAGAACCGAUUCUAAACCAAAACGAUCUUAUUUUUAUUCCGCCCACGAUACAACUAUCGUCAACGUGUUGAGGACGAUGGGAUUCACGAACGAACUUUUUAAACCCAAUUACGGAGCAACGCUCAUACUCGAGCUACAUUUCAUCAAUAAUAGUGCUGAUCAGGAAGUGAAGGCACUAUAUUUGAAUAAUUCGGAGACGAAAAUUCCGCAUCCUUUGGAAAUUCCUAAUUGCACGAGUCCGUGUUUAUUGCAGAAUCUGAAGCAAGUGUGGCGCGAAGUAAUCCCAAAUAAUUGGGACGCAGAAUGUGAAAUAUAAAAUGUUUUUCGCUAAAUUUUUCAUAUUAAUUGUUUUAUAUACUUUAUGCAUAUCAAUUUUUCUGGUCACCUUUUGACGUGGAAAUUGCUGUUACAUAUAAAAGGAAUACAAGACUUAAAAUGUUAAUAUAUUUAUGAAUAUAUGAAAAUAAUAUAUCAUGUAUUUUUAAUUUCGCGUAUAAUUAUACAUUUCAUGUAUAAUUAAUUUAAAUAUUUAAGUUAAUAUAAAAUAAGAGCAAUUAUAUAUUGAAUAUUUCUCUAAAUAUUGCAUCUUAUAAUUGUCAAUAAAUAUUGAUACUUAAUAUAAAAAUUAUAAUAAUUUAUGCAUUUAUAUAAUAUCAUCAUCGACUAAUAACGAUUUAUAUAAUGGAUAUAAAAGAUACUUGAAUAAAAAAAAAAUAUGAGAGAAAUUGCAAAGCAUCUUGUGUGCAUAACAGUAAUAUAGAAAAUUUCAUUGU